AUGUCAGUCCUAGGCGGCAUCCCUGCCACCAAUGGCCAAGAGUACCGGCAGACCCUGGGCGCCGAACACACUGGGCAGGAUACAGACACUAUCUCGUCGAAGACACAAACUGAAGGCGUCAAUGGAGAACAGGACUCGAUUGAUAUGGAAGGUGAAGUUGAAGAGAUGGUGAGGCAACUCACCCGUCAUUCCACCCACUUCUCCACAUCGAAUGCAAAGAACCCUUUCUUCGAGGACGAUAAGGAAACUACAUGGCAUCCCGACAGUCCAUUCUUCAAGCCAAAGGAUUGGGUUAGGUCCCUCAUCGCUGCUCAAUCGCAAGAUCCAGAGCGAUUCAUGCAACGCUCAGCGGGUGUCGCGUUUAAGAACCUCCAUGUGCAUGGUUUCGGAAGUCCAACUGAUUACCAGAAGGACGUUUUCAACGCACUACUGAGUAUUGGCAGCCUUGUGCGCAAUGUCACUGGUACCGGGAAGCAAAAGGUGCAGAUUCUCAGCAACUUCAACGGAUUGGUUCGCAGUGGAGAAAUGCUGGUUGUUUUGGGUCGCCCAGGAAGUGGUUGCUCAACCUUCUUGAAGACUAUUUCUGGCGAGAUGAAUGGCAUUUAUGUCAGUGAUGAUAGUUACAUGAACUAUCAAGGAAUCUCAGCUCCGACCAUGCACAAGCAGUUCCGAGGAGAAGCCAUCUUCAGUGCCGAAACCGAUGUGCACUUCCCUCAACUCACAGUGGGUGAGACCUUGACUUUCGCCGCCAUGGCUCGUGCACCACGCACCCGUUUCGCAAAUCUGAGUCGGAAGGAAUACGCUGAACAUCUUCGCGACGUCGUCAUGACAAUGCUUGGACUCAGACAUACCUUCAAUACCCGUGUGGGUAACGAUUUCGUGCGUGGUGUCAGUGGAGGUGAGCGCAAGCGAGUCAGCAUUGCCGAGGCCAUUCUUAGCGGUGCUCCGCUUCAAUGCUGGGAUAACAGCACACGAGGUCUCGACAGUGCCAACGCGUUGGAGUUCUGUAAGAAUCUUCGUUUGAUGAGCGAUUACACGGGCACCACCGCUUGCGUUGCCAUUUACCAAGCUUCUCAAAACGCGUAUGAUGUUUUCGAUAAAGUCACUGUGCUCUACGAGGGAGAGCAGAUCUACUUCGGCCCCACUGGAGAGGCUCGUGAAUUUUUCACCAACAUGGGCUUUGAGUGUCCAUCACGCCAAACUACUGCCGACUUCUUGACAUCUCUGACCAGCCCAACUGAGCGUAGAGUGAAGCCAGGUUGUGAAGGCAAGACUCCCAGAACGCCCGCUGAGUUCGCCCAGCGAUGGCAGAAUAGCCCAGAAUAUGCUCGUCUCCGCGAUGAAAUUGCUGCUUUCGACAAAGAGCAUCCAAUCGGAGGCCAGUCGCUCACCACAUUCAGCGAGGCUCGUCGUUUGAUGCAGUCAAAGCAACAACGCCUCAAGUCCCCAUACACUCUUUCCGUUAUCGAGCAGAUCAACCUGAAUCUGCAUCGUGGCUUCCAGCGUCUCAAGGCCGAUAUGACACUAACAUACUCGGCUUUGUUUGGUAAUUUCUUCAUCUCUCUGAUUCUGGGUAGUGUUUUCUACAAUCUUCCCGCGGAUACAACAAGCUUUUUCUCCCGAGGUGUGCUUCUCUUUUAUGCAGUGCUACUUGCUGCAUUCGCCAGUGCUCUUGAGAUUUUGACACUGUACGCCCAAAGACCUAUUGUCGAAAAGCAAUCGCGAUAUGCCUUCUACCAUCCAUUUACAGAAGCAGUUGCAUCCAUGUUGUGCGAUAUCCCAUACAAGCUGACCAACUCCAUUACUUUCAAUCUACCGCUUUAUUUCCUAUCCAAUCUCAAACGCGAGCCCGGAGCCUUUUUCAUUUUCUGGCUCUUCUCUAUUGUCACGACUUUAACCAUGUCAAUGGUUUUCAGAACAUUUGGUGCAGCCUCGCGAUCACUUGCUCAAGCGCUCGUUCCUGCAGCCUUGCUUAUUCUGGGACUAGUCAUCUAUACUGGUUUCGUCAUUCCCACUAGGAAUAUGCUUGGCUGGUCUCGCUGGAUGAACUACAUUGAUCCCAUCGGAUACUCAUUCGAAAGCAUGAUGGUCAACGAGUUCCGAAACAGGAAGUUCGACUGCAAAUCUUUCGUUCCCUCUGGCCCCGGAUACACUGAUGUGGACCCCAUCAAUACCAUUUGCAGCACUGUCUCUGCCCAGGCAGGAGACUCUACCAUUGAUGGAGAUGCAUACUUGGCGACUGCUUACAACUACACUAACGACCAUCUCUGGCGCAACUUGGGAAUUGUCUUCGCUUUCAUGAUUUUCUUCAUGUUUGUUUACCUUACCGCUACCGAGUACAUUUCCGAGGCUGCCUCCAAGGGUGAAGUUCUGCUUUUCCGUCGCGGUAACCAGCCCAAGGCCAUCAAGGGAGAUGCCGAAACCACGCCCGAUUCAGCCUACCGGGCCGACGAGACCGCCGAGCGUGCUGGCGCUAACAUUCAACGCCAAACUGCUAUCUUCCAAUGGCAAGACCUUUGCUAUGAUAUCAAGAUUAAGAGCGAGGAACGUCGCAUCUUGGAUAACGUUAAUGGAUGGGUUAAACCUGGUACCGCAACUGCUCUGAUGGGUGUCUCUGGCGCCGGAAAAACUACCCUUCUUGAUGUUCUGGCAACCCGAGUCACGAUGGGUGUCGUUACCGGUGAUGUUCUGGUCGAUGGUCAAGCCCGAGAUGAUUCUUUCCAGCGCAAGACUGGCUAUGUACAACAGCAGGAUGUUCACUUGCCCACUUCGACGGUACGAGAGGCUUUGCAGUUCAGUGCUAUUCUCCGACAGCCGGCGCAUCUUAGUCGUCAAGAGAAGUUGGACUAUGUGGAAGAAGUUUUGGAAUUGUUGGGCAUGCAGUCAUAUGCUGAUGCGGUGGUCGGUGUGCCUGGUGAAGGUUUGAACGUUGAGCAGCGCAAGCGCCUGACCAUUGGUGUCGAGCUUGCCGCCCGACCACAGUUGCUACUUUUCCUUGAUGAACCUACCUCCGGAUUGGACAGUCAGACUUCUUGGUCGAUCCUGGACUUGAUUGAAACCCUUACAAAGCACGGGCAGGCUAUUCUGUGUACCAUUCAUCAACCGUCCGCCAUGCUGUUCCAACGAUUUGAUCGUCUGUUGUUCCUUGCUAAGGGAGGUCGCACUGUGUACUUCGGUCAGAUUGGAGAGAACUCCUCAAUCCUCGCAGACUAUUUCACUCGCAAUGGUGGUCACGCCCUUUCUGAUGGUGAGAACCCUGCAGAAUGGAUGCUUGAUGUUAUCGGUGCAGCGCCUGGGUCUCACAGUGAUGUUGACUGGCCUGCCGUCUGGAAUGAAAGCGCUGAAAAAGGAGCUGUUGUACAACAUCUGGCUGAACUCAAGUCCUCUCUUUCUCAAAAGGAAAAGGAUGCUGGCUCAGACACAGAGCAUCGCGAGUUCGCGUCUUCAACAGCUGUGCAGCUUCGGGAAUGUCUCUCCCGGGUCUUCUCUCAAUAUUGGCGCACACCAUCAUAUAUCUAUUCGAAGAUCAUCUUGUCUAUCCUGACUGCGCUUUACAACGGAUUCUCCUUCUUCCAUGCGCAAAACACGAUCCAGGGCCUUCAGAACCAGAUGUUCAGUAUCUUCAUGCUUAUGACCAUCUUCGGUAAUCUUGUUCAGCAGAUCAUGCCCAAUUUCAUCAUCCAACGAUCUAUCUUCGAAGUUCGCGAGCGUCCUUCAAAGAUGUAUUCUUGGAAGGUAUUCAUGGCAUCCAACAUCAUAGUGGAGCUACCUUGGAACACUCUCGUCGCGGUUCUGAUGUUCUUCUGCUGGUACUACCCAGUCGGACUGUACCAGAAUGCAGAGCCGACCGAUGCAGUUGCCGAACGUGGCGCCCUGAUGUUCUUAUACCUGCUCAUGUUCCUGCUCUUCACUUCUACUUUCUCGCACAUGGUGGUCGCCGGAGUGGAAAAUGCCGAAACAGGAGGAAAUAUCGCCAACUUGCUCUUCUCCCUUCUCCUGUUAUUCUGCGGUGUCGUUUCUACCCCUGAAGCAAUGCCCGGAUUUUGGAUCUUCAUGUAUCGCCUCUCGCCUUUCACAUAUCUUGUGUCUGGAAUGCUUUCCACGGCUGUCAGUGGCGCCAAAGUAACAUGCAGUAACAUCGAAACACUCGUUUUCGACCCACCCAGCAACAAGACAUGCCAGGAAUAUCUCGGUGCAUUUGCGUCGGCCGCCAAGGGCUACAUUGAGAACCCUGAUGCAACGAGUGCCUGUUCUUACUGUCCGAUGGCUUCAACCGAUACUUUCCUCGCCCAGGUAUUCUCUUACUGGAGUGAUGCGUGGCGCAACUUUGGACUCAUGUUUGUCUAUCUGUUUUUCAACAUCGUGGUCGCCCUGGGAAUCUAUUGGUUGGCUAGAGUUCCCAAAGGCAACAAGACCAAGGGCAGCUCAUAA